AUGGCGGAUGGCCGACACUCACACCGGGCGCGAUCGCAACCGGCCGCCAAUACCUACGAUGCCUCCACCUUGAGCCGGGAGUUCGAGCAGCUGAUGCGCAACAAACGAUUCAAUCAACUCCAGGAGGAUUCUCGAUUACGAGCCCGAUCACAGUCACCCGCCCCCGUCGGCUCACCUAUCCCGCCACCCUCGCGAGCACCACCACCACCUCCCGCCGUGGGCGCUUCGCCGCGGCCUUCACAACCCGAGCCUACUCCCACUCCAGCCCUCCGCGGUCUUCCCUUGAUGCCAACCCCCCCUCAGGACCCGGCCUCUAUGAAAUUCUUCAACCUACUGAAGGGGCUGUCUGUCACUCCUACCAAAUACGAAAACCCCGGUCUACUGGACGAGGCCCUCAUGACCAUUCCUCUCGAUCGGAUCUACUCUGAGGCCGAAGAGGAGAGCCUCAUCAUGCAGGGGCAAGCAGCCAGCAUGGGCAAGAAGCCAGAAUGGGGCUACCAGGAUUGUGUGAUCCGGGCAUUGCUAAGGUGGUUCAAGGGCUCUUUCUUCCAAUUCGUUCUUAACCCUCCAUGCUCCCGCUGCCACAUGCCAACCAUCGGGCAAGGCUUAACCCCUCCACUCCCAGAUGAAUCCGCCCGAGGUGCGACUCGAGUCGAGCUUUACCGAUGCUCCGAGCCUACCUGUGGCGCCGACGAGCGAUUUCCUCGUUACUCGGAUGUGUGGCAGUUGUUGCAGACUCGUCGUGGCCGUGUUGGUGAAUGGGCCAACUGUUUUAGUAUGUUGUGUCGCGCGGUCGGGGCCCGAGUCCGUUGGGUGUGGAACGCAGAGGACCACGUCUGGACCGAGGUCUACUCCGAGCACCAGCGACGCUGGGUGCAUGUGGACGCUUGUGAAGGUGCCUGGGACCAGCCUCGCCUCUAUACUGAAGGCUGGGGCCGGAAACUUUCAUAUUGUAUCGCAUUCUCUAUCGACGGUGCGACUGACGUCACCCGUCGCUAUGUUCGCAACUUCAGCAAGAACGGCAAACCUCGUACAAAGGCUUCCGAGGAAGUUUUGUUGUGGUCAAUCCAGGAGAUUCGCCGCAUGCGACGUGAAGGCAAGGACGACCAGCGUCGCCUAGCCAAGGAAGACGAGCGAGAGGAACGGGAGCUACGAUACUUCACGGCCUCUGCUCUCGCAGCAGAAAUUAACAAGCUACUUCCUCGUAGCCUCACGGCAGAUGAGCAGAAACACGCCGAUGCUCUUCGGGAGGCUCAGGCUAGUAUGGCUAAUGAGCAACCUCAUCAACCUGAUGGGCGGUAA